UUGGAGCCUCAGUCCCCAACACCCAUGGAGAUAUCUGGAUGUGCUCCAUCAGAGGAUGUGCUGUGUCAGGCUUUUUCUCAUGUGUUGCUUGACAUGGAAGACGUAGAUGCGGAAGAUCAUGAUGACCUAUACCUCUGCAGCAACUAUGCGAAUGACAUCUACAAGUAUCUGAGAGACCUUGAGGAAAAUCAACCUAUCAGACCCAGAUACCUGGCCAGCCAGGAAAUCAAUGGGAAAAUGCGUGCUAUACUAAUAGACUGGCUUGUGCAAGUACAAGUAAAAUUCAGCCUCCAGCAGGAUACCUUGUACCUGGCAGUUGCUAUCAUCGAUCGCUUCCUGCAGGACAAUGCUGCUUCCACGAAGACGUUGCAGCUGGUUGGUGUCACAGCUAUAUUCAUUGCCAGCAAAUAUGAAGAGAUAUUUCCCCCAUUUAUUGGAGACUUUGCCUAUGUAACGGAUCACACUUACACAACAGUCCAAAUUCGUGAGAUGGAGGUGAAGAUCCUGAAAGCCCUGGACUUUAGUCUGAGUCGCCCUCUCCCAUCUCAAUUCCUAAGGAGGGCUUCAAAGAUUGCGGAGGCGGACUUGGAAGAACAUGUUCUGGCCAAGUACCUGAUGGAGCUGUCCAUUGUGGACUAUGACAUGGUUCACUUCCCUCCAUCCAAAACUGCAGCAGCUGCUUCCUGUUUGGCUCUGAAACUCCUCAAUGGAUGGGAAUGGACACCAACUCUACAGCACUACACGUCUUACCUACAAGGUGACCUUCUCCCAGUUAUGCAGCACAUAGCAAAGAACGUAAUUCUUGUGAAUGAGGGCAUGACCAAACACUUGGCAAUCAAGAAGAAAUAUGCCAGCAGGAAAAACAGCAAGAUAAGCACCUUGAAACUGCUGGACUCUUCUAUCAUCUGGAAUCUAGGCGAACCUCUGAUUAAAAACUUCUAA